AUGAAGUCUUUCGCCUUCUCCGCCGCCAUUCUGGCCUCAACUGCUAUGGCCAUGCCCGCCAACCUCGCCAACCUUGCCAACAUCCCUUCGGGCACCACCGGCGCUUUGCCCUCCGGAGUCCCCUCUUGCCUGCCCUCCGGCGUCAUCCCCUCCGGCAUCCCUCUGCCCGUGGUAUCUUUGAUCCCUACUUGCCCCGGUGCUGCCGCAUCCUCCUCGCUGUCCGCCUUGCCCAUUCCUACCGGUGCCGCCUCCGGCCUGACCGAGGGCGCCGGUCCCGGCCAGCUUCUUUCCACCCUCAAGGGAGCCGCUCCCGGCCAGCUUCUUUCCACCCUCAAGGGCGCCGCUCCCGGCCAGGCUCUUUCCACCCUCAAGGGCGCCGCUCCCGGCCAGCUUCUUUCCAUCCUCAACCAGGCCGGAACCUCUGACUUCAAGAUGAUGGCCGAGUCCGAGCUCCAGAGCCUGAUGAGCAAGCUGCCCGUCAGCGCUCUCGAGAAGCCCGUUGGCCAGGUCAUCCAGACCGCCGAGUCCGUCGACCAGCUCGACACCAGCAGCGGCUCCGGCCUCACCAAGGUCACCGCCAUCCUCGACAAUGGUAACGCCGUCCUCAUCGAGCUGACCAAGGAAGUCGUCGAUCUCCUCUCCAGCCUUGGCCUCGGCCAGGUCGGUAACCUUCUCGGCUCCAUCGUCGGUGGCCUCGAGUCCGUCACUGGCAACGUCAAGCGCGUCGACUCCCUCCAGAACGUUCUCUCCGUCACUGAUGUUAACGGCCUCGCCGGUGGCGAGAACCUUCUCUUCCAGAUUGAGCCUACUGUCCUCGGUCUGCUCGGCGGUCUUGACCUCUCCACCGUUCAGGGCCCCAUCGGAAACGUCGUCGCCAUUGCCCCCACCGUCUCCGAGCUCAAGUCCAAGAUCCCCAACAUCCCCGGUGCUGACUUCAUUGCUGUCAACGCUGAGGACAAGGCUUCCGUCCUUCUGAUUAAGGUUGAAGGCCUUGUCCAGGGUCUCCUCUCCACUCUUGGCCUCGGCAGCGUCGGCACUGCCGUCGGCUCCAUCGUCUCCUCCGUCUCCUCCGCUAAGGGUGCUCUCCCCCUGUAA